CACUUUGGAAGCCUUCUGCUGGAAAACGUUUGGGACGGCAUGAAGGAGGAGCGCUUCAGGAAGCUGUUUGCUGCCUUUGGCACCCUGACUGACUGCUGCUUGAAGUUCACAAAGGAUGGCAAGUUCCGGAAAUUUGGCUUCAUUGGCUACAAGUCUGAAGAAGAAGCUCAAACAGCACUGAACCACUUCAACAGAAGCUUCAUAGACACCUCCAGAAUCACAGUCGAGUUAUGCAAGCCUUUUGGGGACCCUUCAAAACCCAAAGCAUGGAGCAAGCACUCCCAGAAGGCUCCUGCCUCAGAAAAACAGACUGAGAAACCUGUGGCAAGUGCAGCUCCUGCAAGCACAAAGAAAGGAAAAAAGAAGAAAGAUCCAGCAGAAAACUUAAAGGAGCUGGAAGAAGAUAAAACAUUCCAGGAGUUCUUGGUGGUUCACCAAAAACGGUCUCAGGUGGCCACUUGGGCUAAUGACACCUUGGCAGAGGAGCCCAAGAAGGGAAAAUCCAAGUCAGCAGCUGAUUAUCUCAACUUUGAUUCAGAUGAGUCUGAGGAGCUGAGUGAGGAGGAGGGGAAUGAAGCCUCUGGAGAUGAGGAGGAAACUAAAGCAAAGAAAGGAGGGAAGAAGGCAGCUACCAGCAAAGACCUCUCAGAUAUGGAUUACCUGAAAUCCAAAGUGGUGAAGGAUUCCUCCUCCUCAUCCAGUACAGAGGAAGAAACAGACAGUGAGGAGGAGGAGGAGAGUGAGGAGGAGGAGGAGGAUUCAGGCAUUGCAGAAACCAUCAGCACCCACACAGAGAAAAAGGGGAAGGCAAAAGCCCAACAAACACAGCCAGAGACACCAGUGGAGAAGAAGAAAAAAGGAUCCACACUAGAGAGCCAAGGCAGCUCAGCAGAAGCCAGCACACCAUACACAGUAGAACUUCGUGGUGCUCCGUUCAACAUCACUGAGGAGAAGAUUCGUGAAUUCUUCUUCCCUCUGAAGCCAGUGGCAAUCAGGAUAGGAAAAAAAGCCCAGGGGAAGAAUAAAGGUUACAUCUUUGUUGACUUGAAGAGCAAAGCAGAAGUGCAGAGGGCCUUGAAACGUAAAAAAGAAUACCUGGGGGGACGAUGCGUCGAGGUGUUCCGGUGCAGGGGAGCCCCAAAAGAGACUGUUGCAGCAAAACCUGCCAACCAGCUGUGGCAAAGGAGGAAGAGGGAUGAUGAGGAAGAAGAGGACUUGUCUGAAUCAGGGAGACUCUUUGUCAGGAAUCUUCCCUUUACCAGCACUGAGGAGGACUUGGAGAAGGUCUUUUCCAAGUACGGACCCCUCUCCGAGAUCCAUUUCCCCAUCGACAGACUGACCAAGAAACCCAAAGGAUUUGCUUUCAUCACCUACAUGAUUCCUGAGCAUGCAGUGAAGGCCUAUGCAGAAUUGGAUGGGCAAGUGUUCCAGGGCAGAAUGAUGCAUCUUUUACCGUCCACAAUCAGAAAGGAAAAAAUAGAAGAUGUAGGAGCAGAAGAAUCGUCCUCCUACAAAAAGCAGAAAGGGGCCAAGGACAAAGCCAGCAGUGCCAGCUCUCACAACUGGAACACAUUGUUUGUGGGAACAAACGCCGUGGCCGACGCCAUCGCUGAGAAGUACAACGCUUCCAAAAGCCAAGUGCUGGACCACGAAGGGAAAGACAGCGUGGCAGUGAGGGUUGCUCUGGGAGAAACCGAGCUGGUGCAGGAAAUUCGCCGGUUCCUCAUUGAGAACGGAGUCAGCCUGGAUUCCUUCAGUCAGGCUGCUGGGGAGAGGAGCAAGACAGUGAUCCUGGUGAAGAACCUGCCAGCCAGCACAAGCGUGGCAGAGCUGGAGGAUGUCUUUGGCAAGCACGGCAGCCUGGGCAGGGUGCUGCUGCCAGAAGGAGGCAUCACAGCCAUUGUGGAGUUCCUGGAGCCCACCGAGGCCAAGCAAGCCUUCACCAAGCUGGCCUACACCAAGUUCCAUUCUACACCGUUGUAUCUGGAGUGGGCUCCAAUGGGUGUCUUCUUCAGCCCAGCCCCUCAGAGAAGAACCCUCCAGGCUCCAGAAAAGGAGAGCAGAGCAGGGCUGGUACCUGGUAAGGUCUCUGAGGGCUCAGAGGAAGCAGCAGCACAGGAAGAAGAGGAGGAAGAAGAGGAGGAGGAAGAAGAGGAAAGCAUUCCUGGGUGUACCUUGUUCAUCAAAAACCUGAACUUUGCCACCACGGAGGACACACUGAAAGAGACGUUCUCCAAAGCGGGAGCCGUGAAGAGCUGCAUGAUAUCCAAGAAGAAAGACAAAGCAGGCACUUUGCUCUCCAUGGGCUUUGGAUUUGUGGAGUACAAGAAGCCAGAGAGUGCCCAGAAAGCCCUGCGCCAGCUCCAGGGCUGCUCUGUAGAUGGCCAUAAGCUGGAAGUGAAAAUCUCAGAGAGAGCUGUCAGGCCUGCUGUGAAAUCAUCCCGAAAGAAACAAACUGUCAAGAAGCAGAAGACUUCCAAGAUCUUGGUCCGAAACAUCCCAUUCCAGGCCACUGUCAGGGAAAUCAGGGAGCUCUUCAG